CGCAGACACGUUACUUUUGUCCUUGACUUUUCGUUUCAGCUCUAAUGUUGAAUCCUAUUUAGCAGUCAGUGGUUCUGUUCGUCUUCUUCUGCUGUCGGGAAAGGGAGGAGAUGGGCUUGAGUCGGAAGGCUACCUCGCCGGCGGUUCUUCUGGCUGCGUUCGUCGGGCUGGCGGCCGCUUCGGGAUUCAUCUCCGAGGACGUGUUCGUGCGUCGCUUGCCUGGCGGCCGGAGCUUGCUGCAGCAAACGACGGAUUGCCCUGUGAAUUUUGAGCGCCAGAACUACACGAUCUUCACAAGCAAGUGCAGGGGUCCCGAGUAUCCUGCAGACCAGUGUUGUUCUGCUUUCACAGAAUUUGCAUGCCCAUAUGCUUCCUACUUGAACAAUUUGACAAACAACUGUGCAUCAACCAUGUUCAGUUACAUUAACUUGAAUGGGCACUAUCCUCCAGGCUUGUUCGCUAAUGAGUGUCAUGGUGACAAGGACGGACUUCCCUGUCCUGCUCCUCCACAGUCAGAGGACAAUACGAGCUCUUGCAAUCUCAGUCAGACUCCUGUAUCUUUUUUCUUCCUUGUUUGUGGAAUCAUUCUAGAGUUUCUAUUUUCAUAAGAGUGAAUUUAAACUCACUUGACCUUAAGCUACUUGAUGAUGGAAAGACUGUCAUCAAUCUCAAUUAUAGAUUGCAAGUGUUGUGCCCUUGACUGUUUUUGUUCUUGCAAUUGACAUCUUACUUGCGGAAGCUUAUAGGUACAUAUUUAAGUCUGUAACAAACUGAUUUGAUGUUGGAAUAAGUGAGCAGCCAUGCCAAGCUUUUGUUGUUU